CAAUGCGGAAAUCAGGCGUAACAGCAAUCACAUGAACCAGAUUUUGACGAGACGCCGAGGUUCAGCACCAGUUGGCGCCGGAAACGGUGAGAGUACUGGAUUCCUGACAGCCGGCAAGGGCCAAGAAGUGACCAUUCCAAGGCGCGGGUCUGUGCCAUCAGAUUUUUCCAAACAGAGUGCCCUUUUUAAGGUGGUGGCCACAGGGCCACUGUGCACAAAUAGCCCGAAGCAAGGCGCGAGACGUUCGUCGCUACCGUAUGAUUCCAAUAUUGGAUUAUCGAGCUCGCCUCUUGUUUCUCCUUCCCGGCCAGAGAGAAGGGGUUCGGACGGAAGCCGCCCGGGUAGCCGAAGACGACGCAGGAGGUCAAUGAAACGACGAAGCUCCGGUGGACCGGAUGUGUUGCUGUCCACCGGCCAGUCAAUGGACUCGUUCCUGGCACACCGCCGCGGUUCCUUGCCCGUCGAAAUACUUGCCACGUCCUUCUCGGGGCCACAUUGAGAAGAUUGAUCUUCGAAUUUUCGCAUCGUAGACUGACAAAAUGAAUACAAGAUAUUUGGACGAUAUAAAUAUGCAAGUCGGCGGUUGCGAUGAUAUUUGCACAAAAUCCUUGAUACUUAGUAUUAUUAACUAUAAAUAAUACGCUAAUUAUUGACAAACGGAACAUAAAUAACGUAUGGUCGUCCCAGUGCAGUUCUCUUAAACAAACAAACGUAAAAAAAAAAAUCCAUUAAUGGAAUCUAUUGAUUAUUUAUUUUCAUUGACCAAAAUUUAUUAUUUAUUAUUAUUUAUUUUCAUUGACCUAAAUCUCGACGCUUAUGGUUCAUUUUUGAUUUUUGGUAUCUAUAUAAGCUUAACACUUCUAAAAAUUAAUAUUAAAUGUAAAUAUAAAAUAUAUUAUUCACCAUACUAUUGAGAUGAAAUGUAAAGGGAUAAAUUAUAUUAUGUAUGAUCAUUGAUCACUUUACAGUUUGUUUUAAGCCGUUUUCCACAUAUAUAUCUAACUGUGUUUAUGUGGUACAUAUCAUGCAUUUGUGUUGACCGUCUUUGCCUUUUUUACAACUAUUAUUAUUAUAGUCUAAGCUUAAUUGGGCACUCCGCAUGCCGCCUACUGAACUUUUGUCGCUCAGAUCACCCAACAAUAACAUUCUGCAGGGUCUGUUACAUAUUUUAAGUGUUCGGGCUUCAAUCCAUCUGCAUAAAACAUCCCGUGUUCGGUGCUCCGCUCUAUAAUACAUGUUAAGUCCGAUUUAUUGGGAGAAGAAAUGAUUAUGCAACAUAAAAUAUGCUUCCACAAUAAUAUAAAAUAUAUUUAUGAUUAACGAAAAUAUUGUAUUAUUUCGAGUCAUUUUAAUUCGACCGAUUGCGUUAUACGAUGUGUCGUCCACGGUAGRCAUACAAUAAUAUGUACAAAUAACUGUUAUUGUAUGGCAUCAAGUACUUUAUGCUGUUCAAAUGUAGUUUGUAUAUUUAUUUUCUUCCUUCUUCGAAUUCUUCAUCUUGUUGUUUUAUUAUUAUUAUUAUUAUUAUUUUUUUAUAAGUAUAACGAAAAAUCACUGCCAUUGUACUGAUAUUCUUCAUUAUUAUACUACAAUUUUUGCGAAUUGCGUUAUGCUUUAGUUUGAUUGUUAAUUUUGAGUUAAUAAUUUAAAUAAUCAUUUUUUUUAAAGUAUUUCUUUGGUUAAAAUAAUCCUCUUUGAUUGAUGUUUAUUUCUCUGCUGUAUGUGCCAAAUAUGAGAUAGUAUUGAAACAAUAACUUCCGUAUUUUUAAAAUUCCUUUGUAGGUACAAUAACUGAAAAUUGAACAAAAUUAUGCUGCAACUUGUAUCUUAAUCAAAACUUAUAGUUUCUCUCUAGUCAAACGCAAUACGUUUCUUAUUAGUAUUUUAAUAAUUACUAUCGACGAAUCUCUUUGGUCGUACCUACUUAUAACAAUAAAAAUUAACCGUUGCUUAAAAUUCUUCCAAUCGUUAAAAAAAUAUAUAUAUAUUCAUAUAAUAAA